AGAAAACGGGUCCAGCAGGAAAUGCGGGCCUCUCGGCUUGGUUUGCAGAAAUUCGGCUCCCAGCUUGGCUGUUCGCCUGAGCAUGAUUAAGGCUGGGCGCAAAUUCGACAAGACGCUGCUUACUUCUUGAUUUGGCGAAGCCUCCCCUAAGUGACGGAAGAGACUCGGAAGAGCCGCAGAUGCAGACGCCCCAGGGAAACCCGUUGGUGGUCCCCCAUACUCUGCCGGAGCUGCUGGGCAAAGACACGGUGCAGGUGGAGCUGAUCCCAGAGAAAAAAGGCCUUUUCCUGAAACAUGUCGAGUACGAAGUUUCGAGCAAGCGUUUCAAGUGCUCGGUGUACCGACGAUACAACGACUUUGUUGUCUUCCACGAGACGCUCCUUCAGAAGUUCCCGUACCGGAUGGUCCCGGCUCUUCCGCCCAAAAGGAUGCUGGGGGCCGACCGAGAGUUCAUUGAAGCGAGGCGUCGAGCGUUGAAGCGUUUCAUCAGCCUGGUGGCGAGGCACCCUCCGUUCUCAGAGGACGUCCUCCUCAAACUGUUCCUCUCCUUCAGUGGCUCUGAUGUUCAAAACAAACUGAAAGAGCUGGUCCAGGGCGUGGGGGACGAAUUUAUGAUCUGCAAAUUCGCCACCCAAGCCAAGGAUUUCCUGCCCGCCGACCUCCAGCUCCAGUUCGCAGCCAGCAGGGAGCUGAUCCGAAACGUCUACAACAGCUUCUACAAGUUGCGGGACCGGACGGAGCGGAUCGCCGCCCGAGCGGUCGACAACGCCGCCGACCUCCUUAUAUUCGGCAAGGAGCUGAGCGCGCUGGGGUCCGACACAACCCCUCUCCCUUCCUGGGCUGCUCUGAACAGUAGCGCUUGGGGCAACCUCAAGCAAGCGCUGAAGGGCCUUUCGGUGGAGUUUGCGCUGCUGGCGGACAAAGCGGUGCAGCAGGGUAAACAAGAAGAGAACGAUGUGGUCGAAAAGCUCAACCUUUUCCUGGACUUGCUCCAAUCCUAUAAAGACUUGUGCGAGAGGCACGAGAAGGGCGUCUUGCACAAGCAUCAGCGGGCGUUGCACAAGUACAGCCUGAUGAGGCGACAGAUGAUGAGCGCCACGGCUCAGAACAAGGAGCCGGAGACGGUGGAACAGCUGGAGUCUCGAAUAGUGGAGCAAGAGAAUGCCAUACUGACAAUGGAGCUGCGGAAUUAUUUCUCCCUGUAUUGCCUGCAUCAAGAAACCCAACUGAUCCAUAUUUACCUGCCGGUCACUUCUCACAUCCUGGGGGCCUUCGUCAACUCUCAGAUCCAAGGCCACAAAGAGAUGAGCAAAGUCUGGAAUGAACUGAAGCCCAAACUGAACUGCCUCUUCGUUGGAUCCGGCAACACGCCAACUUUGGCACCCCAAGAGAGCACCUUCUUUUCUAGUUAAUUCCUUAGGAUGCCGGGGCGGGGCAGUCAGGAAGGGGAGCAAGCCAUAUGGGAUUGGAACAUACCGCUGCUCGAAGGAAUCGCCUCGUUGGCUAGCCUCGUAUUUUACUAUUAAUAUAUUUUUGCUGCUUUGAA